AUGUUGGGCUUCGCCUUUAGCGAAGCACAGCGUUCACAGCAGAUUGCACUCAAGCUCCGGAACAGCCAGUCUCCGCGAUUGGGUCCGCAGCUUCCGGGCGGUGUCGUCAGCCACUCGGAAUCCUCACCGGAGGAUGCGGGACCGACGCAGCCUUCCCGCCGCACCCGUCGUCGCCGGCGUCAACGCAAAAGCGCCGCCGGGACAUCCCGAGACGUUCCCGGCGACCUGCCCAGUCCCAGCAAGGUCAAAACACACGAUGCUCCCAUGACCAAACGAGAUUUGUACUUCUCCUUACGCUGCGGUAUGGUGCGGGUGGGGCCGGAAGGUUUGGAAUCCGCCGUCGGACGAGUCACCGUGGUCAAUUGGGAGAACCAGGUCGUCCUGGACGAGUACGUACAAGUGUCCGUGCCCGUCUUUGAUCACCGGACGGGCGUCACCGGCAUUACGCCAAAAAACCUACACGAAGCGACCUUGUCCUUGGCGGCGGCGCGGAACAAAACGGGACUCUUGCUCAAGGGAAAAAUCCUCAUUGGACACGGUCUGGAAGUAGAUCUCAGUGCACUCGGUCUCACCCAUCCCUGGUGCGACGUGCGCGACACGGCGAACUACGCCGCCUACAUGCGGCAAGUGAAGGAUCAGCUUUCGGUCAUGACCUUGCCCCGUGAUUUAGAUGAUCUUCUGCGGGAUAUGAACCUGUUGCCUUCGCACUCGUACGUGCAUUCCACUAACCACGCCUUUGGACCCGUGGUGGAAGCCGUGGGCUGUUUGGAUCUGUACAAGGCUGUACGCAAGGAAUGGGAAGAGCAAUUGGUCCAGCUGGUACAACAGAAAGAACGACAACGCGCCAUGCUCCUCAGCAUGCGAUCGGCGCGGACGGGCGUGCCUUACAGCACCAAUACCCAUAGCCAUCCCCAAGGGAAGGCCUUGUCCAGUAUCCGGGAGGAUUCCGUGUCGCGCAGUCCCCCCGCAAACGUUUACACCACGGGAGGCGUUCCCACUCAAGCUCCCGAAUACAAACUCGCACAGGGUCCCAGCUACGGACAUCGCUUCGAUUGGGAAGAAUCGACCCAAGGAUCGACAGAGCCAACCACGAUUGGACAAGACACUUGUCGGGACGAUGUUUCCGAAUCGUCCGGUUACUUUUCCAAGGACAGUUCCAGUCUAUAUUCUAAAGACAGUCGCGGCUCAAGCUUUUUUUCUCGCGAGAGUCGGGGUUCUGGAAUACUCUCCAACGAAAGUCGUGGCAACGGUAGGAGCUUUUUCUCGUUUGGUCGUCGCCAACGACAACCCCAGUCGUCCGAAAUUGAGAAUAUUCAGGACGUCAUGAGCGGCAAGCAAUUUUGUAUUUCCCGCGGCGCCCAGGAAAGUAUUUGGGCCGAUCAAAUGGCCGGAGGGGAAGAGUGGCCUCCUCCAGUACCUGCUGGCUCGGUCCCGCCGUUCCAUCAGCCCCUCUCGACCGAAAUCCCGCAGCAGUUGACACAUUCCGUCAAUACCGGUCCCCCCCAACCGUCGAGCGAGCAUGGUGGCGUGGGUGGUGUUUGGGCACCCCUCGGUACACCAGUCACGGAUUCGCUCUCGCUCUCGCGUCCUGUUACGGCUCUCAAUGUUUGGACUCCUGGACAUCCCGACACAGUCUACUCGAAUACAGAAACGAUAAUCCCCAAUGGAAUCGGGGAACCAUCUGGUCUCCCCGGCGUACCUACCGAAGAGGAACUCAUGGAACGACUGCCCUCCCAUUUGCUGGCGGAUUGA